UGACGCUCACACAACAGGGUCAUGUUGCAAGAAGAGACAAGAAAACAAAACCAGGUGGAAUGAACUCUAGAGGACUGUAUGGUACUCUAAAUUAAUUUGUAAAGAUUUCAAAUUGGCUGAUGAACAUUUGAGAAAAAUGCUGGAACAAAUGGAAGAAGACAGAAAAACAGGGUUGUCCAUUGCAGCAGACGCGUCUCACCUGUGCACACCAGACACGCGCUUCACUCACCUCACAGCAGUCACGCGCUCACCGGAAUGGGACAGGGAGGAGCAAAUGUUCUCCCUGUUGCAAAGGGAAACCAGAGAUUCAGUGAGGCCUGACCAAUCCGUGAUUAUCUUGCAUGCCAAAGUUGCUCAGAAGUCUUAUGGCAAUGAGAAAAGGUUUUUCUGUCCACCUCCUUGUGUGUAUCUCAGUGGGCAUGGGUGGAAACUCAGACAGGAGCAACUUAAAGCAUCAGGUGUUGGUGAGUUCAAUUGUCAUCUCAUUGGGUACAUGAGUCUGGACAGCUCCACUGAUCCGCAGACAGACAGCUUCAAGCUGAGCUUUGAGGAGCAGACAGACAAGAGGAUGUUUGCUUGUGCCAAGACCUUGUACAUCUCAGAUACAGACAAAAGAAAGCAUUUUCGGCUGCUGCUCCACCUUCACAAUGGAAGGCAAGAAAUUGGCACGUUUCAAGGCAGACUCAUUAAAGUCAUCUCUAAACCAUCACAGAAGAGGCAGUCCAUGAAAAAUGCUGACCUGUGUAUUUUCUCAGGCUCAAAAGUGUCAUUGUUUAACCGCUUACGAUCGCAGACGGUCAGUACGUGUUUCCUGGCGGUGGAAGACGGGACAUUUGUUGCCAGCGCAAGAAAAUGGACAGUUUUCACUAUUACUUUAGUGGAGGAGACACAGGCCGAUCGCAGUGUGUGUGACAGCUACCUUUGUUAUGGCUGUGUGGUUCAGCUGGUAUGCACUGAUACUGGAGUUGCGUUGCCACCAAUGGUCAUACGUAAAGUGAAUAAGCAGCAUGUGUGUCUAGAUGUGGAUGAGCCUGUGUCUCAACUUCAUAAAUGUGCAUUCCAGCUCAAAGACAGCAACCACAUGUACCUCUGCCUCUCCAAUGACAAAAUCAUACAGUACCAGGCAUCUCCAUGCCCUAAAGAAGGUAAUAAAGUGUUAUUGAAUGAUGGAUCAUGUUGGACGAUCAUAGGAACAGAGGUGGUGGAGUACACCUUCAGUGAGAGCCUCACCUGUCAUCCCACCAUCAUCAGCCCUGUACCUGUCAUCAAUGGGUUAGAGUUGAACGGCGGGGGACAUGUGGCCACGUUGGAGCUUCAUGGAGAGAAUUUUAGCCCUCAUUUGAAGGUCUGGUUUGGGAACAUGGAAGCCGAGACCAUGUUCAGGUCGCCCAGGUCUCUACUGUGCAUCGUCCCUGAUGUGUCUGUAUUGAAUGGUGAGUGGAGAUGGAUGAGAAGCCCAAUCACAGUGCCCCUAUCUCUGAUCCGAUUGGACGGCCUGAUCUUCAGAAGCUCUUUCUCAUUCACUUACACACCAGAACACAGCGCCCCCUCUCAACCAAACCGUACUGCAGAAAGGGCCGCGGACUCUGACUCACUUAUAGACACCAUACACGAAGAGUUCACAAGGACAAACUUUCAUCUAUUUAUUCAGAGCUGAGGUUGAGCACACACACCUUACACUAGAAGUUCAUCAUGGCAAAUACUCAUGUCAGAUUAUGUCCAGUUCUAGUUCAAAGCAAAACUCACACAGCAUGUGGGAGUCACACAACAGUGACGAAGCGUUUGAUGAAUAGAAAUGCGCAAGAUGCAUUUUGAGAGUGUGUAAAGAGCCUGUUCCAGCCUGGUCUCAUUGAAUCACAUUCCUAUAUCUACAUUUUUAAAGUGGUUCAUUACACUUAUCGCCGCUGGUGAAAUGAACACUAGAGGUGCUAAAACAACCAUGACUCUUAUCCAGUUUCACAAAAAUCUUGAGUAAAUGGCAGAUUAUCAAUUCAUAAACACUUGCAAUGCAAUCUCUUGACAUCUAAGUAUUUUUACUAUAGCUCAUUAGUUAUAAUGUGAUGCAUUUUAAAGUUUGCAUUACAUAACCAAAGACAUUUAUAAGCAUGUUUAAGUGCAAUCAAAAUUGCUGGUUAGCUCAACUGAUAGAGUGUUGCACAAAUUGCAAUAUAAAAGUCCUGAAGAGCAUGCAAGUCACCAAAAGUGCCAUAGAACCAACUUUAAAUUAUGUGGAUGCUUCAGCAUUUGCAUUUUUCAUCUCAGGUUUGUGUUUUAGGACUCUGUUGGUUAGGUUUAUGCUUAAGGUUCAGAGUAGCGAGGUUGGUUUUGAUGAUUUAAAACUCAAUAGAGCAUUAACCUUCAAAAUCUCAUCUGUUUUGGAGUUAAUCUAACUCGCUUUUAGUGCCCCCAGAGACUAAUUGUCAAAGACAGUCACUUAUUUUAAAAUGAAUGGGAGAAAUUUGAACACCCAACGGUCAACAGAUGUAGAAAAGGAUGACCCGCCUUAAAGGUAAAAGAGCCAAUCACCAUUUGGAUUCAGACAGUCACCUCGAGACGUACAAUUUAUGAUACCAGUGUUUUCAGAUUUUAUUGCUGAUUUUAAAUGUGUUUUUUGACCAGAAUCUUGUCUUUUCCCAUUCAAGUGCAUAGGAACUGCCCAGUCUGCCUGACAGCAUUUCAAAGAUGGCUGCCAAGUGGACUGACUUGCCUUUAAAUUGACUUUGGCGACACACAGUGGACAUUCCAGCUCGAUCUGCUGCUGUGACACACGAAAAAAACCACGUAAUGUUAUUUUGCAAAAAUGUUGCCACAGUCACAACAUUUUUAAUGAGGAAUACAGCGAAUUGGAUUUCUGAAAGCACAAUUGGAUCGGCCCCUUUAAAAUUCUCAUUGGUCAAUGGAUGAUAAUGUCAAAGUGCUUUGCAGCAGAAGUCUAAACUUUUGGUCGCAGAAUGGACACUUUCAAAACCCUUGCAUUUUUCCUCUACGCAUUCAAAAUAAUUCUGAACACCUUAGCAACUGCAUAGCAAAACCUUAGCAACCACCCUCAACACUAGCAUCAUAGCAACGCACUUUGGAUAGGCACCACUCAUCUAGAUUUUCUUUACAUAACAAACAUUUUUAUUAGAAUAGAUAUGAUAUGAUUCACAUAGACCCUCUAUUUAUCUAAUCUUAUUUACAUUUCAUACCAUGCAAAGGGUUAUUUUCAUAGUAUAAAUCAUAUAAAUAUAAUAAUAUAAAAUAUUGCCAAUCAGGGGCGGAGCCAGGAGUUUUUCAAAAGCAUGGCCAGGCAGGGGCAAGCGAUCAGUCUGCGGUGGCACAGAAAUGUUCGGGCAGCAUUUUUAUAUCGUCGGACUGUGGGGGCGGGAGUGGAUACAAUGACACCCGGGACAGAGAGGUUUGGCAAACUUGGUGUUUGAGCAAUUUUGAACUAUCCACUCAUUUGUGAAGGGGUUGCUCCCAAUACAUUUGUAUUUUAAUGAGAUUUUCAGUAUGGUUGAUGUAAUUAAUUGAUGACAGUAUGUCCUCUAUCUCAACUUACAUUAGAGAAACUGCAAUAACCGUUACAUAACUACACAUACACAAAGCAUCUAUUAGACAGCCAAGAUACCCCAUCCAAAAUUAUUUUCAAAGGUCGAAAUCUUAGAACAUACCCCAUAUAUUGUUGAAAAGCGUGAAACUGUGUGUAGACACAAUUUUUGUGGGGUCUUAGAACUCUUUGGCUCUAUUCCUUCUCUAAUUACUAAAGCAAACAUGCGUGAGAGGGAUUGGACUGGCAUAAUGCAUCAACUAAUCUUUAUCAUGUGUCCACCAUCACCAACGGGCCCCUGGAAUUCAUUUUCACAUCAAUCCAUUCCACUAGAACACAAGAGAUAUGAAAGAAGCUAUUCUGCUAUCUGUUUUCAUUUUCACACCUUCUCUUAUGUAACUGGAAGGAGUCUUUUAUACCAUAAAAAGGACAUUUCUUUCAGUACCGACGUCCUGCUUGAAAUGAAACUCUCGGAAUGGCUCAUGUUUAUACAUGUAAAUAAACACUUUCUAUUCAUUGUAUGAGGUUUGCAAACAUGUUACCAAAAUGUGGGACAUAUCAAAGUACAGUUUAAACCCUUGAUUUGUGUGAUUGAUCGUAUUUUCUAAAUAGACAUUAAUGAAAAAAUGUAACCUAAAAUAAAGCUAUAACUCAGUAAAG